ACGCACAGGCGGAAACUUCACAUUGCUUGACUUAGCAGCGAGUGAAUGACAGUGAUUCAAACAGAAACAGAAAAUAGCAAGAACUGCAUAUUUGUUGACUGUGUUUAAACGUUAUAAAUAAUGUCAUGAAGAUACCAGCCAACCAGUGGCAAAACAUUUUUAACACACAACUGUGCACUGCGAAUUUGUGAACAAUUCUUUGGAUUUUAUGUCAAGAGAUCGGUAGUAGUGAUGGAUCCCCACCGGACGGAUUGUUUGGCUUGCCCAACUCCUUCUCUCACCGAACCGGCACUUAAUCUGGACCCGAAGCACUGAACACCUGGACAGGACGGCAAACAACCUUGAAGGAAAGUUCUGAGGGUGACGUCGCAACACUGCGGGGUGACAGCGCGCGGAGUAACCAUGGACAGCAAAGCGAGACAGCUGUGACUGAGAAGCUGCAGGACCCCUCCUCCUCCUCCUCCUCCUCCUCUUCCUCCUUCGUCCGAGCCGCGCCGGUGAGAUCAUGGAGCCCCUGGAGCGGCUGGACUGGGCGCCCUUCCCCAGCGAGCUCAACCGCUCCGCCGUGCCGCCCAACGGCUCGGUGAACGUGACCGGGCAGAGCAUGCCCUUCCAGGGGGAGAGCACCAUGGUGACGGCGGUCAUCUCCCUCACCGUCUUCAUCAUCGGCCUGACGGGCAACACGCUGGCCAUCUACGUGGUCCUGCGCUACGCCAAGAUGAAGACCGUCACCAACAUCUACAUCCUCAACCUGGCGGUGGCCGACGAGCUGUACAUCCUGGGCCUGCCCUUCCUCACCACGCAGAACGUGCUCUCCUACUGGCCCUUCGGCUCCUUCCUCUGCCGCGUGGUCAUGACCGCCGACUCCAUCAACCAGUUCACCUCCAUCUUCUGCCUGACUGUCAUGAGCAUCGACCGCUACCUGGCCGUGGUGCACCCCAUCAAGAGCACGAAAUGGCGGCGGCCCCGCGUCGCCAAGGCGAUCAACGCCACGGUGUGGUCGCUCUCCUUCGUGGUGGUGCUGCCGGUGAUCGUCUUCUCCGACGUGCAGGACCAGUUCAACACCUGCAACAUGAACUGGCCGGAGCCCAAGGCCGUCUGGUCCACCGCCUUCAUCCUCUACACGGCCAUCCUGGGCUUCUUCGGCCCGCUGCUGGUCAUCUGCCUGUGCUACCUGCUCAUCGUGGUGCGGGUGAAGUCGGCGGGCGUGCGGGCGGGCUUCACCAAGCGGCGCAAGUCGGAGCGCAAGGUGACGCGCAUGGUGGUGAUCAUCGUGGUGGUCUUCGUCCUGUGCUGGCUGCCCUUCUUCAUCAUCAACAUGGUGAACCUGGUCUUCAUCCUGCCCGAGAACAGCCUGAUGGCCGGGGUCUACUUCUUCGCCGUCAUCCUGUCCUACGUCAACAGCUGCGCCAACCCGCUCCUGUACGGCUUCCUGUCCGACAACUUCAAGCAGAGCUUCCGGAAGGUGCUGUGCAUCCACAAGGCCAACGGCGUGGAGGACGGCGACCCCAGCCAGCCGCGCACCGAGAAGACCACCACGCACGACACCUUCCUCUCCCCGAGGAACCACGACUUCAACGGGCCCGUGCAGAACAGCCAGGGCAUCCAGCUGGAGCCCUGCGGCGCCUCCAAGGAGGAGCUUCAGUCACCAGGCCCCGCUGUGAUCGACCAAUCCACGCUAUAAACACUGCCCUCUCUCUGUUUCUCUC